CGAUCGUAUUUCUGUAAACAAUUAGGUAAACAAAAGAAAUAUGCAGAUCCAAGUGAAGUGUAGUUGCGGCGCAGAGAGCUGUCCAGAAUGGGCUAUCGUGGAAUUACAAGGUGCAGUUGAAGUUCAGCCAUCGUUUCAAGAUCGCCUUCAAAACCUCGUGAUUGGGGAGCUUUGCCGCCCUUCUUCACAGGAGAACUACACUUUCACGGUUGGGUACCAUGAACUGACAGGGUCUAAGGUCACCUUGAAGAAGCCAUUGUUGGUUUUGAAGAAACUCAAGUCUAUGGAUUUGGACCAGGGCAGUGAGAACGGUCCAGCUGAGGUAGAAUUGGAUGUAAUCGGCAUUAUCCGCCACAAGAUUUUGUUCAAGACCAGACCCAGGGCCUUGAUAUCAAAACCACAACCGACAGUGAAGUAGAGAGCCAAUGCUGCAGGUUCCUCUGUUUCAGAUUAUAGUUUAUUUGAACAUACAUCAUAUUUUCUGAACGAGUUGGAGAUAGCGAACUUAGUAUGGAUUUGUCCAAGUGACAAGCCAGCUUGAUAUGUACAUGCUUUCUAGCAUCUGCAUCUUGUGGGUUGUGAUUGUAUCCAUCUGGUUGGAACUUUAGUGGCUAGUAUUAAAUAUUUGUUAGCAUUUUGAGUUGGAAUACAAGGGUUUCCUGUAUUGUACAGAGUAUUGGUCCAACACAUUGACCUUGCUACCGAACUCGUCCCCAACUUUAAUCCUUCCAGGACAAGCCACACAGUAGCCAUACCUUGAAACUUACCAACUCGAGGCCACUAUGUACUGUCUCCGGACUCUUUAAAAGUUGUAAUAUGGACAGUUGCAGAAUUUGAGUUUGAAUGGAGCCAAAAUGUUUAUCAUUUCUAGCA